CCAUAUUGAGUCUUUUGUGGGCCUUAGCUUCCAUAGGUGACAGCCACCUUGGAGUAAAAUGUUUUCCUUUUCGGUCUGGGGUAUACAGAACUGUAGAAAAGCUGUACAGUUCUUUUAGCAUUUAUUUAUAGGUCUUUUCUCUCCUAUCAGAACAUGCUGGAGCUGGGUGUCUUCGAUGAGGAUGUCUGCCAAGAUGAACAACUUUUCACUAUUCGCUUUGACAUAGCUGGACUCCCACUAAAUGAAAAAGUGCUCUUGUCCUUUAAGUCCAAUCCAAAGGAUCAGGAGGAGCUGGAGGUGGAAUUUGAGUUACGAAACAGUUUGAGUGUUCCUGAAACCAUUGUUACGAAUGGAACUCUUGUGGCUCGUGAAGUUUGUUGUUUGGAAUUUGAAGUAGAGAAGAAAAAAAGACAGAAAUCAAAAGGUGAACUAUCCCUUAUGCUGAAAGGAUCCCAUGAAGGACACCAGGAGCUUAGUUCAGGCCAGUCCUCAUUCCACUAUGCCAAAUAUAAGCACCCGACAAUGGAUGUUAAACUACCGAAGAAGGGUCUAGAUUAUGCCUUUGGGCCAAGCUCUUAUAACAGGAAAGAAAGAUCCCUCAGAGUGGAUAUAAAUUCACUUCCUACAAGCAAGAAAAUAGUGCUCGCAGAGAAUAAAAAAAUGGCAUUGCAUGUGAAAACAGAAGUCUGCCAGACUGACCUAGAUGUGCGCUUGGGAUAUGGCCUUUGUACACAGGAGCAAGAUUUCUUGUGCAAAAGGCAGAAGAUUGUUGCUGGGGCGUUGAAAAAUGUUCUCAAACUAGAAAAGGAUCUGCAGGAUCAUGAGGUUCCAGUAGUUGCAAUUAUGACAACAGGGGGCAGUACAAGAUCACUGACUGCGUGCUAUGGAAGCCUACGAGGUCUUCAGAAGUUGAAUCUCUUAGAUUGUGCUACAUACUUAACCGGUUUGUCUGGCACAACAUGGACCAUGGGGAACUUGUACAGAGAUGCUUGUUGGUCCAAAAAAGAUUUGGAUGAGCAAAUCAAAGAGGUGAAAAGACAUGUGACCAAGUGCAAGCUGGAUGGCUUCUCCAUAGAGCGUUUGAAAUAUUACAACAGACAGCUGCAUGAGCGGAAAGAAGAGGGACAAAAGACGUCCUGUAUAGACCUAUGGGGGCUCCUGAUUGAAUAUUUGCUACAUGAUGGGAAAGACAACCAUAAACUGUCUGAUCAGCAGCAAGCAAUUAAUGAGGGCCAGAAUCCUUUACCAAUCUACACUGCAAUCAAUGUGAAAGAGAAGUACAGCACUCUGGAUUUCAAUGAAUGGGUUGAGUUCACACCCUAUGAAGUGGGGAUACUAAAAUAUGGAGCUUUUGUCCGUGCUGAAGAUUUUGGAAGUGAAUUCUUUAUGGGGCGUCUGAUGAAGAGGAUUCCAGAGACUCGGAUCUGUUACCUGCAAGGCAUGUGGAGUAGUAUAUUUUCCCUGAAUUUGCUGUAUUUCUGGAAUGAUUCUCAAACCCCAGAGGACUUCUGGCACAAGUGGACACAAGACCAAAUAGCUGACAUUGAUACAGAGCCUCAUCUACCCACUCGACCACAUGAUCAAAAGACACAUCUGUACACCCCUGCUGGACCGCUAUCCAGUGCAUUUAGAGAUGUGCUUACUGAUCGCCUAUCAGUUGCCCAGUACCACAAUUUUCUCAGAGGUCUCCAACUGGACAAUGGCUACCUUGAGAAUGACAGUUUCCGUAGAUGGAAAGGUACUAUACUCGAUGCUUCUUCACCCAAUCAGCUGACUCAAACAGAAGAGUACUUGUCACUAGUAGAUACUGGAUUCUUCAUCAAUACAAGCGUUGCACCUAUACUGAGAAAAGAGCGGAAGGCAGACAUUAUCAUACAUCUAAAUUACAGUGCAGGAUCACAGAAGUUGCCCCUGGAACAGUCAUGCAAGUACUGUGCAGAACAAGGAAUCCCAUUUCCCAAAGCUGUGAUACAUGAAGAUGACAAACACUUGAAGGAAUGCUAUUUGUUUGACAAUGCAGAGAAUCCAGAAGCACCAAUAUUAGUAUUUUUUCCACAAGUGAAUGAUAGCUUUCGUUACUACAAAGCACCCGGUGUUAAACGCUCUCCAUCAGAAAUGAAAGAAGGCAAAGUCGAUGUCUCCAGUAAGUGCACCCCUUACUCUACCUACUCCCUGACAUUCACUGAGGAAGAGUACGAUCAACUAGUGAAACUGAGUGAAUACAAUAUUCUGAAUAACCAACGUAUGAUCCUGGAAGCUUUGCAUCUGGCAGUGGAACAGAGAAAAAAACUGAAGAAAUGCACGAAAUGAGAUGCUGGAAUAUGGACCCAAGCUCUCUGAGCGCUCGUAAACCUCACUGAACUUUGGUUUGGACCAAGGGGCCCUACGGGAUAAGCCAAGCAAUUCAGGAUGUCAACAAAAGUUAUCUUUUCCCAAGACUGCUUGUGCUUUUUUGAGUGACUGAGAUUCUAAAUCAGCAUGUCACUUAUUUGAAAACUCAGCAUCAGCUGUGCUGAUUCUCCCAAGUUGGUUGCUGUGAAUCUAUCUGUACUUAGCAGGAUUAAGGAUUAUUGUGUUCGUAUCCUGUCCAUGGACUUCCCAUGGACAUCUGGUUAGCCAAGAUGAGAACAGGGUGGCAGACUUGGAUAGACUUUGGCUCUGAUCCAGCAGGGCUACUAUUAUGUUUUUAUCUCAGGAACAAACCAAUUGUCAUGCAAAACUUAUAAUAUAGCUCCUGAUCCCUUAUGUAACAGGUAUCAUCUCUUACAUUUCAAUUCUGGGUUUGCAUUUACUACUGGACAGGGGAGGUGCUGACAUUUGAAAGCAACCUUCAGUGAUCUCCCAGCACAUCCUUGUGUUUGUUUACUCCAGCGUAGGAGCUUAUCCACACUUCCACUUGUGCCAUACCAAGAAAGCAGACUGGAACUGUCUGUGUGCAUGCUGAGACUCUCAGCUUCUAAUCCUGUCCUGGAGGGCCCUCCUUCUCCUGAGGUCCCUUGAUGACUCAAGUCUCCUGUUUCUAGCUGCUCCCAGCUCAUCCCUUCUGCUGACUGCUCCUCAGUGUCCCACCACCAGGCUCAAGACUCUAAGGUAUCAUCUUUGGAGCCUUCCUAGGGGGCUUUUGGGAGGCAGGAUCCCACCACUCCUCCUCAUCCAGCCUGUCCUUGACAACUGCUAUAGAUGUGGAGUUUAUUUAACCUGCCUAUUCUGAGAUAGACCAAUAACAAAAGGAAUUGGGUGCCAAUGUGGGGCUGCAGCUGCUUUGUAGGAGGCUUUUAAGUGGCAGAUUCCGACUGUGCCACAUGAAAAGCAGUGUUUUGCAUGGGAAUGCACAGUGCUUGGCACCAUUAGAGUUGCCACCUAUCCUGUAUAAUACAGGAUUUUUUCUGUAUUUCAAUGUAAAAUGCUGUGUCCUGCAUUGAUACAGUUUUGUCCUGUAUUUCAGGUCUUCUCUGUGUGUGUGUGUGUUUCUGUUUCUGUCUCUGUCUCUCUCUGCCAAGUUAGGGAUCCUCUCCAAAUACAUGUGCUUGAAUAGGUGUGGGAAAGGACAUGCAUUUAACCUCUGGGUAGCCAAGCACAGAAAGAUUUACAAAUUCGUGUGUGUGUGCACGUGCGUGCAUGCAUGCAUGCGUUUGUGUUAAAUUCCAGAGGGGUCAUCCACUUAGGCUGCAAUAGAUUGUAAUGGAUUGCUUUUGAGUCACUUCAGCACCAGGUGUGGGGGGGGGAUCACUCCCAACCGCCCCACCUUCCCUAUCCUGUAUUUUGCCAGAACAAAGGUGGCAAUCUUACAAAACUAAUUUGUUUGUAAUGUUGGAACAUCCUGUGAAUUCUGGUAAUGAUUUAGGAACGUUGGAACAUCCUGUGAAUUCUGGUAAUGAUUUAGAAACACAUAACUGAAAUGGAAGGCUUGGCACUGUACACACGAUUCUGUAUCUAUAAGUAGCAAAUGGCAUUUCCAAAGUCAACGCGACUAGAUUAUUUUAAUACUUAAUUUAUUGACAGCAGCCUGAACUCAGCAGUGUGGCUUGUGCUUCUGCUGCUGCUCUGUUUGGCUUUUGUGGUUAAUUCAUCAAUAUUAAAGAAAACACGCUUGUUGGCUCAAGUUACUAUUUGUAAGAUUAGAAAAAUAAAACCUGUUGGUUCAGUUUGGUAAUAAUGAUGAACGCAAUGGAGUGUAUCUAGUUUCUGACUUGAGAAAUGCUCUUCCUGCUUUUGGGCUUCUCAUGAACAUCUGGGAAAACAGGAUGCUAAGCUAAAUGGGCCACUGGCCUGAAUCAAGAGGGAUUUUCUUAUGUUCCUAUGAGUAGUACAUUUCUAGUAGCUUUCAGAGUAACAGUAACAGAGCAACCUGAAAGCUGACUC